AUUCAUCCGCCCAGCAUUCUCUAACAUUCCACUGUUUCCUGGAUGGGGACGGAGGCAGGAACAGCCCAUUCCCAUCCCUAAGCUCCCCACUACAGACCUCUGGGGCUCACUCAUAGUCAUCAUGAGCGAGACCUUUGACUGUGCAAAAUGCAGCGAGUCCCUGUAUGGCCGCAAAUAUAUUCAGACGGACAAUGGCCCCUACUGCGUGCCCUGCUAUGACAACACCUUCGCCAACACGUGCGCCGAGUGCCAGCAGCUGAUCGGGCAUGACUCAAGGGAACUGUUCUAUGAAGACCGCCACUUCCACGAGGGCUGCUUCCGGUGCUGCCGCUGCCAGCGCUCCCUAGCAGAUGAGCCCUUCACCUGCCAGGACAAUGAGCUGCUCUGCAAUGACUGCUACUGCAGUGCCUUCUCCUCACAGUGCUCUGCCUGUGGGGAGACCGUCAUGCCGGGGUCCCGGAAGCUGGAGUAUGGAGGCCAAACGUGGCAUGAGCAGUGCUUCCUGUGCAGUGGCUGUGAGCAGCCACUAGGCUCUCGUUCCUUCGUUCCCGACAAGGGCGCCCACUACUGUGUGCCCUGCUAUGAGAACAAGUUUGCUCCUCGCUGUGCCCGUUGCAGCAAGACACUGACACAGGGCGGUGUGACAUACCGUGACCAGCCCUGGCAUCGAGAAUGCCUGGUCUGCACUGGGUGCCAGACACCUCUGGCAGGACAGCAGUUCACCUCCCGGGAUGAAGAUCCCUACUGUGUGGCCUGUUUUGGAGAACUCUUUGCACCCAAGUGCAGCAGCUGCAAGCGCCCGAUCACAGGACUUGGUGGAGGCAAGUACGUGUCCUUUGAAGACCGCCACUGGCACCACAGCUGCUUCGCCUGCGCCCGCUGCUCCACCUCCCUGGUGGGUCAAGGCUUUGUGCCGGAUGGAGACCAAGUGCUUUGCCAGGGCUGCAGCCAAGCAGGGCCCUGAGCCAGGGCUCCUGGGCUCAGGCCCUCCCAAACCAGGGCUCGAGGACUAAGGCUCCUUUUCCAAUCCAUCUCUGGGACCCAGCCCCUCCCCAAAUUGGGGCUCUCCCUGGGCUCCAGGAUUCAGCCUCCCCACUCCAACAUCCCCAAACUGGUACUCCCUGACCCAGGGCCCCAAACCUGGGCUCUUACUGAGCCUCUAUUCAAAUCCCCUCCCAAGCCAGGACUCCAGAACUCAGGCCUCUCCCCUAUAGUCUGGGUUCCCAGAACAAGCCCAAAUCAGGGCUCUAGACCCCAGCCCUCCAAACCUGGACUCUGGUAUCCACACCUCCUUCAAUCUAGACUUCUCUGUAGAGACUUUAGGUCUCUUAUGGGUGCCUGAGAAGUCCUCAGAAGCGAACUAUACUCAGGCUUGACCCCCUCCACCCCAAUCCUACUCCUGGGCUGGGGCUGUUUGAGCAGCAAAUCAGAGGUUCACUGGUUAGGGGAUCCUAGGGUACAAGGUUUUUGCCCGUCGAGUGUUUUAUCAUUUAACUUCAGCUCCAUUUUGCCCAGAGAUGGGCAGCAGGGUGGGAUUGCCUCAUCCCUUUCGAGAUUCUGCAAUAAAGCAGCGUGAGGAAG